AUGAAGCCAGUCAACACUGUUCUUUCCCUUGCCCUGGCCACCACCGUGGCAGGCCACGGCUACAUGUACAUCCCCGACAGCCGGACGAAGCUCGGCAACGAGGCCGGAGUCGACUCCUGUCCCGAAUGUACCAUCCUCGAACCCGUCGAGUCCUGGCCUGAUCUCGAAUCCGCGGCUGUCGGCCGCAGCGGACCAUGCGGAUACAACGCGCGCGACGGGAUCGACUACAACCAGCCCACCGACGACUGGGGCAACUCGCCCGUAGCGACCUACAAAGUCGGUGAGGAGAUCGAGGUGCAGUGGUGCGUCGACCACAAUGGCGACCACGGUGGAAUGUUCAGCUACCGCAUCUGCCAGGACCAGAGCAUCGUGGACAAGCUGCUGGACCCGGACUACCUGCCGACCGAGGACGAGAAGCAGGCGGCGGAAGACUGCUUCGACGAGGGGCUGCUGAAGUGCACCGACGUCGACGGCCAGGAAUGUGGGUACAGUGCGGACUGCUCUGAGGAUGAGCCUUGCUGGCGCAAUGACUGGUUCACGUGCAAUGGGUUUGAGGCCUCCGACAGACCCAAGUGUCAGGGCGUGGAUAAUGCGGAGUUGGACUCUUGCUACACUAGUAUUGCGGGUGGAUAUACGGUGACGAAGAAGGUCAAGAUUCCGGAUGUUGUCUCGAACCAUACCUUGCUUUCGUUCAAGUGGAACUCCUGGCAGACGGGACAGAUCUAUCUGUCUUGUGCCGAUGUGGCUAUUGAGGCUUGA